AUGUUGCGAGCAGCAGCAUUGCGAGAAUACAGCAUGGGCUAUCAAAACGUUAAGCGUUGUAUUAAUAUAGUACAUCGUGUACAGAUUUAUAAAACUCUUCAUCGGCACUCCAUACCACCGAGUUCUGAAUCCGUCUUGAGAUCUCGUUUCGAUCGCCAGAAAAUGAACGCGGCGAAACGAAACAUGUUGCGAGCAGCAGCAUUGCGAGAAUACAGCAUGGGCUAUCAAAUACAAAACGUUAAGCGUUGUAUUAAUAUAGUACAUCGUGUACAGAUUCAUAAAACUCUUCAUCGGCACUCCAUACCACCGAGUUCUGAAUCAGUCUUGAGAUCUCGUUUCGAUCGCCAGAAAAUGAACGCGGCGAAACGAAACAUGUUGCGAGCAGCAGCAUUGCGAGAAUACAGCAUGGGCUAUCAAAACGUUAAGCGUUGUAUUAAUAUAGUACAUCGUGUACAGAUUCAUAAAACUCUUCAUCGGCACUCCAUACCACCGAGUUCAGAAUCAGUCUUGAGAUCUCGUUUCGAUCGCCAGAAAAUGAACGCGGCGAAACGAAACAUGUUGCGAGCAGCAGCAUUGCGAGAAUACAGCAUGGGCAUGCGAGAAACAGCAUGGGCUAUCAAAACGUUAAGCGUUGUAUUAAUAUAG